ACCUCUGUGGAAUACUCUGGAAAUGGUUUUCUAACCGUAGCUGUAUUCCUCCGCGACGGGGCGCGGAAAAGAGUUCCUCGCCGGGGCUCCCUACCGCCCCUCGCCAUGGCGCUAAGAGGUCCCGGUCCUGCUGUCCUCCGAGUGUCAUGGCGAAGGGCGGCGGGCAGCCGCGCCUGGCGACCGCAGAGCGGCAGCAUGAAGCCGAGCAAUCAUUGCACGCCCGCCCUCGCCAUGGCCGCCGCUAAACGGCAACGCCGGUGCCUCCCAUACACCAUCGAUCUGUGGCUCGCCGACCAAGACCCCUUUAAGGCGGAAGGAUACAAUGUGCCGUGAGCAUCCCCCCCUCGUUCCGUGCCUAUAAAAGGCGGCCGGUGGGGUCUGGAGCUCUUUCGCCGGUCCCUCACACCCGAGACGAUGCCCGAGAAAGUGCAGCACGAGGAGGAGGAUGCGGAGACCUUCGCCUUCCAGGCGGAGAUCGCCCAGCUCAUGUCGCUUAUUAUCAACACCUUCUAUUCCAAUAAAGAGAUCUUCCUGCGGGAGCUCAUCUCCAACGCCUCCGACGCCCUGGAUAAGAUCCGCUAUGAGAGCCUGACCGACCCCUCCAAGCUGGAUAGUGGGAAAGACCUGAAAAUUGACAUCAUCCCCAACCUCCGGGACCGCACACUGACCCUGGUGGACACUGGCAUUGGGAUGACAAAAGCUGACCUCAUCAACAACCUGGGCACCAUUGCCAAAUCUGGGACCAAAGCCUUCAUGGAAGCCCUGCAGGCUGGCGCAGACAUCUCCAUGAUCGGGCAGUUCGGUGUGGGUUUCUAUUCUGCCUAUCUAGUGGCUGAGAAGGUGGUUGUCAUUACCAAGCACAAUGAUGAUGAGCAGUAUGCUUGGGAGUCAUCAGCUGGGGGCUCAUUCACUGUCCGAACUGACCACGGUGAGCCCAUUGGACGUGGCACCAAAGUGAUCCUGUACUUGAAGGAGGACCAGACUGAGUACUUGGAGGAGCGUCGUGUGAAAGAGGUGGUGAAGAAGCACUCCCAGUUCAUUGGCUACCCCAUCACGCUCUAUCUGGAGAAAGAACGUGAGAAAGAGAUCAGUGAUGAUGAAGCAGAGGAGGAGAAGGAUGAGAAGGAGGAAGAGUCAGUGUCCAGAGAUGAAGAGAAACCCAAAAUUGAGGAUGUGGGCUCUGAUGAGGAGGAGGAGGAGGGGGACAAAGGCAAGAAGAAAAAGACCAAGAAAAUCAAGGAGAAAUAUAUUGACCAGGAGGAGCUGAACAAGACCAAACCAAUUUGGACCCGCAACCCUGAUGACAUCACCCAGGAGGAGUAUGGCGAGUUCUACAAGAGCCUCACCAAUGACUGGGAGGACCAUUUGGCUGUCAAGCACUUCUCUGUGGAAGGGCAGCUGGAGUUCAGGGCCCUGCUUUUCAUCCCACGUCGUGCCCCUUUUGACCUCUUUGAGAACAAGAAGAAGAAGAAUAACAUUAAGCUCUAUGUGAGGCGGGUCUUCAUCAUGGACAGCUGUGACGAGCUCAUCCCUGAAUACCUAAACUUCAUCCGGGGCGUUGUGGACUCGGAGGACCUUCCUCUGAACAUUUCUCGUGAGAUGCUCCAGCAGAGCAAGAUCCUCAAAGUGAUCCGCAAAAACAUUGUGAAGAAAUGCUUGGAGCUCUUUUCUGAGCUGGCAGAAGACAAAGAGAACUACAAGAAAUUUUAUGAAGCUUUUUCCAAGAAUCUGAAGUUGGGCAUCCAUGAGGACUCCACCAACCGAAAGCGCCUUUCGGAGCUGCUGCGGUACCACACAUCCCAGUCAGGCGAGGAGGUGACUUCGCUUUCUGAGUACGUGUCGCGUAUGAAGGAGAACCAGAAGAGUAUCUACUACAUCACAGGGGAGAGUAAGGAGCAGGUUGCUAACUCAGCCUUUGUGGAGCGUGUGCGGAAGCGUGGCUUUGAGGUGGUAUACAUGACAGAGCCCAUCGAUGAGUAUUGUGUGCAGCAGCUCAAAGAGUUUGAUGGCAAGACCCUGGUAUCAGUCACCAAAGAGGGGCUGGAGCUACCUGAGGACGAGGAAGAGAAAAAAAAGAUGGAGGAGAGCAAGGCCAAGUUUGAGAACCUCUGCAAACUUAUGAAGGAAAUUCUGGACAAGAAGGUGGAGAAGGUCACAGUCUCAAACCGGUUGGUCUCAUCUCCCUGCUGCAUUGUCACCAGCACCUAUGGCUGGACAGCCAACAUGGAGCGCAUCAUGAAGGCCCAGGCACUGCGGGACAACUCUACCAUGGGCUAUAUGAUGGCCAAGAAGCACCUGGAGAUCAACCCUGACCACCCAAUUGUAGAAACCCUUCGCCAGAAGGCUGAUGCUGAUAAGAAUGACAAAGCUGUUAAAGAUCUGGUGGUGCUACUCUUUGAGACUGCUCUGCUGUCCUCUGGUUUCUCCCUGGAAGAUCCCCAGACCCACUCCAACCGCAUCUACAGGAUGAUCAAACUCGGGCUUGGCAUAGAUGAAGAUGAGAUGGCUGCAGAGGAGCCCAGUGCAGCUGUCUCUGAGGAAAUCCCCCCUCUGGAGGGAGAUGAAGAUACCUCCCGCAUGGAAGAAGUAGACUAAAGCAGGAAGGUUCUUCCUUCACCUGCCAGACCUCUAUUCCAUCAUGUUUGCUUAGAAGAUGGUCUGCUCCCACCAGCUGCUACUGACUUCUUGGUGGUGUCUGUUCUUUUGGCUGUGUUUGAUUGGGGUUGUUUUUGGCAGGGUGCAGGAGGGCAUGAUUCUCUGUUAAUAGUGAUUCAGGUAGCCUGAGGCCUGUCUGUUCUGUGUCUUUCUGCUUGUGUAGGAACAGCUGAUGGGGAGUAUAGGUGUGAGGAGGCAUCAGGCUUUCCUCUCUCCCCUUCAUGGAGUGUCUCAUGUUACCAGUAGGCAUCAAACCCUGUCCUUAUUCCAUUGGGGUGGGAGAGCCCUUCCUGCAAACUGCUGCCUCCCUGAAGCCCCAGGAUAGCAUAAUGUAUUUUGGUUGGAUUUUGUUUGAUUAUUUUUCUGGGUUUUUGUUCUACUGGAAUUAAAGAAUUGAUGAUUUACA